AGGCAUUGCUAUUUAAUGUCUGUUCAGUACAGUGUUGUUGUUCAUCGUCAUAUGUAACGUUAACAUCAGCUGAGCGUGCGUCUUCCUUCUGUUUUUAUUUAUUAGUUUUCGUUGUUGUUUAAUUCUAGUCAAAAGUCAUUGUUUUACAAUUCCAUUAAACGCAAUAUUUAAUUAUAAAGGUGUUAAGUUUUAUGCCACUAGUUAAUUUCUUUGUGUUAUGACUAAUACAGUCCGAUCUCAUUUACAAGAAAAAACUGGAUUUUCUCUUGACUUCUGAAUUGUAUUGUGCGUUACAAUUGUGUGAUGAUAUUAUAGAAAAUGAGUUCCCAAAGAUCCAACAAAAAUGUUGCUUACCGAUCAUAUUCAACCAAAACUCAAUCAACUAAAGUUUUAAGUGGUGAAUACAGUGGAAGCGAAAGUGAAUCUUAUGAUGAAACUUCGGAUGGUCAUCAGACAGCUAUUAGACAAGAACCUCAGGGACAAGAAACACUUCAAGAUUAUGCUAUUUCGACACCGCCAUCAGCUUACGAUACUUUAAUUAUUCAUAAGGAUGAUGGACCUCGCUAUAAUUCUGGGAUACCUAAGUAUCGUUAUAACACUAAUAGAGAAGAAAUCAGAAAUCAAAGUAAAAAAAAUUGUGUACGAAUGAACGCUGAUGUGAGCGUUAGGGAAAUAACCAAUAUACCAGAUGAUUACCUUAGUCAAUCUCAUGUAUUAAAACACCUCGCAAAAGAAGUAAAAGUUGAUCCUAACAAACAUCACGAUACUAAUUUGUCCCGAUGGCAUGAUACUGACAAAAAUUCGUGGUCGUCAGAUUAUCACAAAACAACUCCUAUUCGAAAUUUGGUUAAAUCUAAAUCACAACCUAAUCUUGGCACAGGGUCUAUGAAAGUAGAACGUUUAGAAACAGACCCGAUGCGACAUACUCUUGGAAAUACUAGAAAAGAUCAAAAAAUGCUGUCCAUAGUAGAUUGUUUGAUGAUGGAAAAUAAGAGUCUGAAAAUAGAACUGGAAUCAUGCCAUCAAAAAGUUGCCAAAUCGUAUAGAUUAGAGCAAGAAGUAUCUAAAGUGUAUCGCUCUCACCAAGAGUUAGUAGAAUCAAGUGAAAGAAGGGAAAGACUUGAACGUACAGCUAGAUUGAAAUUGCAAGCAGAGGUUAGACGAUUACAAGAAGCAAAUCGUUCUUUACGCGAUCAAUCAUUGUCUUCUUCCAAUAUGGUUGAUCCUAAUCAAAUGGUAAAACGAGAAACAAUGAUUGCUCAGUUAAUUACCCAAAAUAAAGAACUAUUAGCAGCUAAAGACAGACAAGAAAUUGAAUUAGCUGCUCAACGUGCUACACUAGAAGAACAACGAACUCACAUAGAUAUUUUAGAUACUGCAUUAACUAAUGCACAAUCUAAUGUUGUUCGGCUAGAAGAAGAAUGUCGUAAAAAACAAUUGCAUGUAGAAAGGGUUGCUCAUUUACAAAGAGCCCUAUCAUCUCUUCAACUAGCUAGUGAUCGCCGAGAACAGACUGAACGAAAAUUACGACUUCAAUUAGAGCGUGAGCUGCGGAAUGAACGAGCUCGUAAUAAUAAUAAUUCUCAAGAUGGUUCUACGGAUAACGAACCAGGUGAAAGUUUACCAGAAUUAAAACGAAUGUUACGUGAAAAAGAUGAAAAAAUAAUGCGUCUUGAAGGUGAAGUUGCAAAAUGGGAACAACGAUAUCUCGAAGAAAGUGAACUACGACAAGCAGCUAUUGAUGCAGCUAGCAUACCUAAGGAUGCUAAAAUUGCAGCUUUAGAAAAAACUGGCCAAGAAACUGAAAAACUUAUUGCUGAAGCUCGUUCAGACAAAUUAAAACAGAUGGAAGAAGUGCAUGCUGCUCAGAAAAAAGUUAGCGAGCUGGAGUCUCGAAUGAAAGAAUUAGAGUCGAGAUUAGCAGAGCGAGACGCUAUGAUUAGAGUGUUACAAAAAAAACAUAGUUUUGAAAAAGAUGUUUCAGGAUCUUAUCCUAGUAUCUGUUUAGGUCACCAUACUCCUCAUUCUAGCCUAAACAACACAGAUUUAACUUCAGAUGACCUUGGUUUUGGUUCAAAUAAUUCAUAUACUAGCAGUGUAGACAGUUCGUAUCAUCAUCAUAUUAAUAAAUAUUCAUCAACAAAUCAAAGUUUUGAUCACAAAUCUUUGGAUGAUCAAUUAAAAGAAUUGGAUUCUCAACUAUUAAACAAGAGAGGUCUUUGCUGUUUUCCAGGCUUCUCUCAUACGGGCUCUCUGUCGCGAAAAGCGAAAACACCCAAACCAUUAUUGGAGAGUGUAACUGGUAAUUUCCUUGGUCACCAAUCUGAUGACAUCAUUCUUUUGGAAAAACAAGGAUUAUGUUCUCAGGCACAACGUCAAACCCAGGAUAAUCGUUGUGGAAGUUUACCGCCUAGUUCUCUUCCUCGACCUAAACGUCACCGAAAAUCAAGUAACAAACUCAGCGAAUAUGGUAGACUUAGUGAUUCUGAUGUCAAAUCAAACCAGGUGAAAAAGUUGAGCGAUUAUAGCCAUUUUACGGAUAGCCGUAAAAACUCUUUAAACUCAUUGGACAUGUCAAGUGAUACAAGUACAGCUCCAAAUACACCAACAGAAUGUCCUUCGUCAGUUAAAUUUGAAUCGCUUGAACGAUCACCUCGGCAAUCUCCCUUACCUCCUGAUGGCCGUUACCGAAGGUCUAGUCGAGAAUCAGAUGAUACUACAUCAAGAGAUUCGUCCUGCACCGUUUCCAGAGAUUCACCUUCGAGAAAUAGUGUAAGUAGAGAAUUAAGAUCUAGUAUUACAAGAGAAUCUCCGCAGAGAGCAAUAAUGGUCGGCCCUAGAGACUCUCCGGGUAAAAGCAUUUUGGAUCCACCAAGAGUCAUGGCUAGAGAAUCGCCCGGUCGAUCGUUUUAUAAAGAAACACAAAGAAGUUUUAUACCACCUCCUAGGAAAAUUGAUUAUGCUAGCUUAGGAACAUCGGAAGUAAAUAAAAUGACUAAUGUUGAAUCUAAAUUAAGAAUAUUUUCUCCCGGUGGAAUGCAAGGAAGAAGAGGUUCUUUACAAAGAGAUGGAUUAUUUAAAGGAGAUUCAGUAAGCAAAAAUGGCGUACGAUCGUUGCCAACACCAAAUAAAUACAGAAUUCAGUUUUAACUUAAUGAAGUCAGAAUUUUCAUAGCAAAAAUUCACUUGCAGUUAGUUAACAAAAUCACACUUUGUGUUAAUUUUAAAAUAUAAUAUAGUCAAUAUUGGAUUUUUAGCGCAGUCUUUUAGCGUUAUAUGAUUAACGUCGAUUAAAAUGAUCUGUAAAUUAUGUCCUUUUAAACAAUUUCUUAACAUCAACUCAAAAUUGCAUUGUUGUUAUUAAUUGAUAAAACAUUUUAGAAUAUUAAUAAAAUAAAUUUA